AAAUUCAUCCCCAAAUGUAUUUUUGUGGCCGAAAAGGUUUCGAGAAGAAAAUGACAUUUUCCUUUUUCCAUCGUCUGGUUGGUGGGGAAAUAUUUCGCGGCAAGUAAUUCGAUAGAUAGAAAAGAGAAGGCUGGUUAGUGGUUGCAAUUUGGCGCGGUCUCAAAUUCGUUCUCGUGUCUAGGGUUUCAAAUUCAAUCUUUUAUCAGCAGUUAUUUCUGUCACGUCAAAAAUUCUGCGCCACAUUUUCUUUCUGAUAUUUGUUUAUUGAAAAGUGAGAUGGCUCUAUAGGUAGGGAAGCUCAAUUCUGAGUCAGUGUCAAAAAGACAUCAACCUUAUGGGUGCACCAAAGCAGAAGUGGACAACAGAAGAAGAAGCUGCCCUUAAGUUGGGUGUUGCUAAGUAUGGGGUGGCAAGUGGAGCACCAUACUCAAAGAUCCAGAGUUUGCUGGUGUUGCGUUCUCGUUCAAAUGUGGACAUUAAGGAUAAAUGGAGAAAUCUACAUGCUAUGGCAAGCGGGCGGGGUUCUCGGCAGCCAGGGAGGACUGGGUGUAAAAGCAUUCAGCCAACAGUGAAACAUGUUGAUAGUCCCUUGCAUGUUAGCGCUGUGUUUGAGAAUGGUAUAGAAGUUCUUGAUGCUAAAUCUCUUGCAGCAUCCUAUGAAAAGGUGGAGGAUGUUGGUUCUAAGGAGGCGAUUUCAAGGUUGGUUAAUCAUCUUGAGGUCCAAUCUUUUGGAAUGGCAACAUUGAAGACAACGAUUUAAUCAUCUUGAGAUUGGAUGAUCUUAUAUUGGAGGAGAUAGCUGGAUUGAAGGAACCACGCGGGUCUAGUCGAACAACAAUUUCUUCGUAUCUCGAGAUAUUGCUUCCAUUCUUUUACCUUAUAAUGUGCAAAUAUAAGAUAAGCCUCAGUGGAGAGUUCAAUGAUUUGAAAAAUUUAUAAAUCUUGUUAAAUACUA